AUGUCGUCGAGCGCGCCGGCGCGCGCGCGCGCGCGGGCUCGAGCUCGAGCGAUGCGAAGCGACGGAUGCGCGGCGAUGGAUAAUCAAAACCAGCGCAAACGAGGACAUCGCGCGCGGUGUCGGGCGACGUCGACGUCGAGUGCGCCCGACGUCGUGGUCAUCGGGAGUGGUAUCGGUGGGCUCACCGCGGCGGCGAUGUUGGCGCACUACGGGCGAAAGGUCGUCGUGGUGGAAUCACACUACGCCGUCGGUGGUGCCGCGCAUGGGUUCUCGCGAAAGACGGAGAGGGGUGAGUUUAAGUUUGACACGGGCCCAAGCUUUUUCGCCGGCUUGACGAAACCAAACGCGCUCAAUCCGCUCGCUUCGGUAUUUCGCUUGCUCGGUGAGGAGAUCGAGACGGUUAGUUAUGAUCCGCUCGGGACGUUUCAUAUCGAGCCCGACGCUCCGGGUCUUCGAAGGCACGCAGAUCUGGGCAAGCUCGUUUCGGAGGUGGGACGCUUUUCGCCCAAAGGCGCCAAGGAGCUCGAGCGAGCCGUGCCAAAGAUUCGUAAGAUGUACGAAUCGCUCAGCGGACUACCGACUACGGCGUUGAGAGCGGAUUGGAAGGUGGCGCUGAUGAUCGGGAGCAGGUACAUGAAGGCCAUGGCUGGUCUUGGGCCGUACUCGGGCGUGCUCCCGCAACCGACGGUGAAGCUCUUAGACUUUUUAGACAUCAAGGAUCCUUGGAUGCGAUAUUUGGCGGAUCUCGAGUGCUUCUUACUGAGCGGCGUCGAUGCGAGUGGCACAGUCUCCGCCGAGUUCGCCGCUGUGUUCGGAGCGAGCGACAACUUGGGCGUGAGCGAGUUCCCGCGAGGCGGCGCGGAGGAAAUCGCCAAGGCGUUGCAACGAGGUUUGGAGAAGAACGGCGGAGAGGUCCGGUUGAGAACGCACGUGGAUAAGAUCAUCGUCGAAAACGGUGCCGCGGUGGGCGUCCAAUUGGCGAACGGCAAGGGUGAGAUUCGUGCCCCGAUCGUGUUGUCGAACGCGAGCGUGUGGGACACCUACGGCAAGCUCUUGCCUCGAGGCGCGAUGCCCGAGUCCGAGCUCAAGACGGCCAUGGAGACGCCUUACAGCGAAUCUUUCAUGCACUUGCACCUCGGAAUCGACGGUGCGGGCUUAGACUUCUCUCACACUGGCGGUCACCACGUCGUGGUGUUGGACAAGAGCAAACCGGUGUCGGAGCCCGGGAACGUGUGCAUGAUUUCCAUCGCCACAGUUUGGGAACCAAACAUGGCUCCCGAGGGAUGCCACUGCGUCCACGCGUACACGAUGGAGCCGUUUGAGGGUUGGGAGGAACUCAAGGCGAGUGACAAACCAGCGUACGAGGCGCGCAAAAAAGAAGCGUCCGAUAAGCUCUACGUCGCCCUCGAGCGCGUCGUUCCGGACAUUCGCUCGCGCGUCCUCUUAGAGCUCGUCGCCUCCCCGGCGACGCACAAAUCGUGGCUCCGUCGUCACAAGGGCACGUACGGCGCCGCCAUCCGCGCCCCAUCGAUGUUCCCCGGCCCCGCGGUCUCGGGAAUCCGCAACCUCUACCGCGUCGGCGACUCCGUCGCCCCCGGCGUGGGCGUCCCCGCCGCCGCCGGCAGCGGCGUCAUCGCCGCCAACACCUUGGCCUCGCUCGCCGAGCACUUCGACGCGCAAGACCGCAUGGACGUCCUCAACGCGCGGUAA